AGCGGUUGAUUCAGUCUUCCUCACAGCUCCGUAUCUCUAUUAUCAAACGAUCUGGGCGGGGGGGGGGGGAAACGAUUCAUUUCGUUUUUUUCUUGUUCUAGAACUUGUUGUUGCUGUCCAUCCCCAUUUCACCUCUCCCCGCCGCCCGGCAGACUACCGAAGGAAAAUGAAGCGAUUCUUUCUCAACGGCUUCGGCUUGAAGAAGGACAAGAAGAAGAGAGACGACGACGCAGACGAGGCGGCGGACAGCGGGGCGUCGCAGGAGCCUACGAAAGCGAAAGAGAAGGACUCGAAGUCCAAGAGGAGCAACGCCAAUGGCGGCGGCGCCGGUGGGGGAAGCAGAUCGGCCUCCGGGUCGUUCAUUCUCAUCGAUGUGAACAGCAAAAGUGGAGAGGAGAGCGGCGCCACCCCUGUCUCGAGGAAGAAGUGGUGCACGUCACCGAGCGCCGGUAACAGCUCGAUGCACCGGCCGCUGCCUCCGCCGCCGCCGCCGGCAGCGAGCACCUCGCCCCACCUGCGACCGACCCCAACCCAGCUGGAGCUGCAGCAUACGGUGAUGGACGACUCGGACGACUCCCCGCCGCAUGCCGCGGACCUCUUCCCUCUCGAACAGACGGACGUGAACAUCGCGCAGAUCGCCGAGGUGUUUCAGGUGUUCGAGCCCUUCGUAGACAACUGUGACAGCGCGGCAGUGAAGCAAUCGUCGCUGACGAAGCUGCGCAAGAUUCUCCCGGAUAUAGCGGCGGUGGAGACGAAGGUGACAGCGAAGACGAUCGAGGAACAGGAGUUCCACCCUUCCUUUGCGAUCGGGCCGAUGCUGAAACACCUGCUGGUGCAGCACCCCCGGCUGCGCGCGCGCCUGUGCAUUGCCAUCUACCGCUUCUGCGGAGAGAUGUUAGAGGAGGUGGAGGAUGAGAUGCUGUCCUCCGAGACGGGCCUCUUCGGCGGUCUGCAAGCCUUCAACCCGAAUUUGAAAGCGUUAACAGACGUCAAUCAGCGCGACCUCACCGCGAACAGCCUUAACAACGUCACUAGUCUGCCCACCCUCGCCCGCUGCCCCAACAUCGACCUCGCCAAGAUCUACCACAACCUCCUCCACAAGGAGGACUACCUGCCGACGGCAGAGGAGCUGAACGAGAUUUGCCUCCGUGUGCAGGACUUGCUGCGGGGGGAGCCGAAUGUGUUGAUGGUUGCGAUGCCGGCCGUGUUGGUGGGCGACCUGCACGGGCAGAUACGCGACCUUCUCGAGAAUGUGCUGCCGCGAGGCGGGCCGCUGGUGCCGCCCAGCGUGUUGGCUGCUGCGGCAGCGAUGUCGCCGAGCAAAAAAACGAAGAAGGAGGCAGCGCCCACGUCGGGCCCCGCUACCGCAGAUGUGUCGACAUCUGCCGGUAGAGCCAAGACGAAAUCUUCCACCGCCUCCCCGUCCGCUUCGGCAACGAGUACGCUGUCGACCAACGCAGGUGCCGCCAGCGCGGCCGACACCGCGGUGAAUUAUUUGUUUCUGGGCGACUACGUCGACCGCGGCUCGAACAGUCUGCACAUCAUCGCCAUCCUCUUCACCGCAAAGGUGCUGUCGCCCAACACGGUGUUCCUCCUCCGCGGCAACCACGAGUGUGUCAACACCAAUCGUUUCUACGGCUUUCUCGACGAGUGCUACCGCCGCUACCCCGUCGUGAACAACAAGGUCACCUCCCUGCAGCUGUGUACGCUUUCCCCGUCUGAAGAAGACGCCGAGGAUGGCGAGACGAGCGGGGCUAACGGUGGCAGCAGCGGCAGCGGCAGCAGCAACGGCGGCGGUAGUCGGCCGGCACCCAGCGGGAGCGCGCCACGCUCGCUCGAACUGCUCGAUCAAAUGAACGACGCCGCGGCCGACGGCAGCAUUCCGGACGAGAUGGGCUGGGACAUGAAAGACCAUCCGCUGUGGCUCGUGGCGAACGAAGCCUUCACGAUGCUGCCUCUGUGCGCCGCCCUCUACGAGGAGGUGGAGGAGAAAGCAGCGGAGGAGGCCACAACGUGUGGUACUGAUACUGGUGCUGGUGCUAGUGGUGGGGCUGACGCUGGGGCUGAUGCAGGUGCUGGUGCUGUGGCUAAUGCUGCUGCCGCGGCCAGCGCUGCGGUAGCGGAGGAGGAACCAGUUGCAACAGCUGCAGCGCCGACAGCCGAGGCGUCUCCCGUCUCCACACGGGCCUCCAGUUCCGUGGAGGAGUCCGGCGCCUCUGCCGCUACCACAGCCGACAAACCUGAGACGAAGAAGGCGACGAAGCCGACCCCCAUCAACUCCAGCCCCAACGCGAGUAUGACCACCGAGGCGGCGCCGAAGUUACUCAAAUCUAGCGGAAAGAAGACUGCCACCGCCUCGGCUGCAAAAAACGGCGAGGUGAGUCGCGCCAACAGCUCUUUUGCCAGUCCGGCUUCGUCAGAGUCUACGACUACCGCAGCCGUGAGCGCCACACCCACGUCGCGGCCGCCAAGCACGUCCUCAGACCACGUGAAGAAGAUGCGCAGGGUGGUGCGGGUGAGCGCUAUGCACGGCGGGCUGUCACCGUUUGUCGACGACAGCUUCGACGGCAUAAUCGCCAUCAACCGCUUCCGCGCUAUUGAGCGUGGCGCGCUGGCCGACUUAACGUGGUCAGACCCGACCUCCGACUCGGUACGCUCCCGCAAUGAUCGCUACGGUGGGAUCAUUGCAGGCCGUUUCGCCCCCACGCCCACCUGCGCGUCUAGCGGCAGCCCCGUGCUUGAAGACGAGGUGACCAACGCGAACGCUGCGUCUGCGGUGCCCAACUCAAGACAAGUCCCGCUGAGCACGUUUCAGUCUCCCUGCGUGUUUGAAGGCACACCAGUGGGCUUCACCGGCAACCCGCGCGGCACGGGUCACAUCUUUGGCGAGGACGUCACGAUGGACUUCAUCAAGACGAACCACCUAUACUUCAUCGUACGCGCACAUCAGUGCGUGCACGAAGGGUUUCAGUGGACGCACCACGAUCGCCUGCUCACCAUCUUCUCCGCACCGAACUACUGCGGCACGCGGAACAAGGGUGCCAUCCUGUUUCUCGAUUCGAAGGGUGCGCCGAGGUUAGAGCAGUAUGAGUACAACGACGACAGCGAUAAUCCGCUGGUGUGUACGGCGAGCAUGCCACAGCCACCCAGAAUGUUUUCCUAG